UCACCAGUUUCUCCCUUCGCCCCACAGCGGGAAGCAGAGAAAGGAGUGCCGGAAAGCACAAAGUACACACUGCCUUGUUCGACCUCUGACCCCCACCCAUCAAACAACAUCAACAGCUCAGCCAUCCUGCCAUACUUCCAGGGGAUCAAACAGCAUAUAAAUAACAAAAGUGUUGUUGAUGAAAUCACAGGACAGCUGAAGAAACUCGUAUCUCAAGACACAUCAGAAAUAAAUGUCUCGGUGCCUACAGAUCCCUUUGAACGUAAAUGCUUCAUCUUGGCAAUUUUACAACAGUUUGCAAAGUGCGUGGAUGGCAAAGCAAUGAACUCUGAGGACCAAAAGGCCAGUUAAGGCCAUCUUGGUCAACUGUUCCUUUUGGAAUGGCAGAAAGAAACUUCUGGAGCCUUUAAAAAAAGUGACCAAUGGUUAAGUGUAAGAACUCUCCUGUGAGUUACUCAUUAUUCCAAUGAAUCCACAGAUGGGCCAUUCCUGAGAGGACGGAGAUUUUAAAUUAUUAAUUAACCCGAGAAAAGAUUUCAAUUGAUGUCAUUGUUAUAAUUUGGUAUUUAUAGGGUGUUUUUCUUCUGUGGACUUAAAUCUAAGUUAUUCUCACUGUACCCUUCCAAGGGGUGGACGUGGCAGCUAUGUGAAUUUGUUGAUGUUUUUUGUCCCCAGACUUGUUAAUGCUCCUUGGGAGAGCCUUCGAGACCUAUUUAAUAAAUUAAAUUGACUUUUUCUCAUGAGCUGCUUUGGGUUUUUUGAGGGGGGCUGAAGUUAGCGAAUGGGAAUCCAGGCUGGGUGGGGUGUGGCUGAGGAACGGUAGGGGCUUCUGUGGAAACAGAUACUAGUCCUGUCACUGCUGUCUCCCCAGCUGCACAAACUCAACAGCAAAUGAUACAAAACUAGCAGCAACGGCCAUCUAUUAAACAUUUCUUUUUUGUGUGGUCCUGUAAGUACCGUUCUUAACCCCCUUUUACAGUUAGGAAAACUGAGACCCAAAGACAUUUAGUCUCUUACCCAAGGCCACACAGCUGUUAAGUGGUGGAAACAGAUUCAAGCUUGCUCUUCAACAGUCAACCCAACCUUUGUCCCUGUUUUCGGUAGAUCACCCUCCCUGGGCAGUGACUGGGUCUCAUUGUGUGCCGUCGAGUUGAUUCCAACUCAUAGAGACCUUAUAGGACAGAGUAGAACUGCCCCAUAGGGUUUCCUAGACUGUAGUUUUUAAGGGAGCAGAUCACUGGGUCAUUUCUUCCGUGGAGCCACU